AUGCUGGAUGCUAGGGCUCAUCAAGUUAUGGAGCCUUGCCGGCAGAGGAGUCUUUCUGGUCGGGAGGAAGAAAUACAACGCGUGGUGCCAUUGGUCGGCAGGCUGCGGGCGGGGGGUUCUGCCGCGACCGUUGCGGAAGGAGCAACAUCGGCAGCGGAGCUUGCGGACAAUCCGCCUGGCGGAGGCAUCUCUGCGAGCGGGGGAGCAAGCGCGGGGGCUGGCGCCGGCGUGGCGCUCGGACGGAAGCCUGAGACGAAAGCGAAAGGGGACUUGGGGGUCAGGACGAGGAGCACUCUCAUCCUGGUUGGGUCAUUCCUGACCAUCAUCGUCAAGCUCAAGCAGACGGGAUGCGCCAUCCUCGUGGCUUUCCUGCAGUGGGCGAUCUUUCGGGAGGGCAUGGCCAUCGUGCGCGACGGGGUCUCCGGGGUGCUCCUGGAGGCCGAGAAGGGAGGGGCCAAGUCUCUCCGGCGCCAGCAGUGGGGAGUGCUGUGGGUGCUGGGGCUCGCGGUGUACGGCAGGAUGCUGGUGAAGGAGAUCGCGGGCGUGGCGGAGCCAUCCACGUGGAUGAUGGCCUUCUGCCGGUGGCACGUCCCCGGGUGCGCCGCCCUGUACGUCGGCCUCCUUCUGUGGUUCAUCACCACCUUGCGGAGCCCCCCGCUUAUCAUGUACCAGCUUGGACAGCUGUCUGCGGCGCACUUCGCCUCCUUCCUCGUCCUCCCUUCCGCCCUCGUGUCCUUCGCGGCGAGGGGCGGCCUCUUCUGGUUUGUCAUCGCGUCCGCAUCGGUGAUCAUCAACGACAUCACGGCCUACAUCUGCGGGAGAUUGUUCGGGCGAACGCCCCUGACGGUCUUGUCUCCCAAGAAGACGUGGGAGGGGUUUAUGGGUGCCGCCCUCUGCACGAGCUUGACCGGGUGGCUGGCGGGGCGCUGGCUCUGCGGUGUUGAUUGGCUCACCUCUUCGAGAAAUGUUAUCCUUGCCGGCCAAGGGGGACCGGUGGACGCGGGCGACAUAUUCUUGAAGACAGCGCAGCUGCCCUGGGUAAACAUCAUGGUUUCCAAAGCUGAGGUUCACGCCUUCUGGAUUGCGCUCAUGGCAUCCCUCAUCGGGCCAUUCGGGGGAUUUUUCGCGAGCGGCCUCAAGAGGGCCUACGGCGUGAAGGACUUCGGCGACACGAUCCCGGGGCAUGGUGGGGCAGGAGACCGGUUCGACUGCCAGGUCAUGCUUCUGCCGCUCGUUUUCUUCUAUCUCAAGGCGUUCGCUCCUGACUUAGAUAUCUAGGCCUAUUUUGUCGUGCUGUCGAGAUAUGGUUCAC